UGCGCACCAAGCUAACGAGCUGAGGAGCAUCUUGAUGCUAACAGCUAAACAUGGCCCUGUUCACAUACAGCAGACUGUCUCAUUUACUAAGAAUAUCCGGAAAUAAAGUAUCCGUUAUACGAACGGGGAUAGAAAUAAAACCGGGACCUGCGUGUUGUGCGCAGUUCAUUCGCUGCCAGAGGUCGAUGGAUAGUAAGGCGUUACAGGAGAGGCAGAAGCAACAGAUGGCCAAAGGUCUUCCCAGACAGAAGCCCAUCACGGGGGUCAAACAGGUCAUCGUUGUCGCUUCAGGGAAAGGCGGAGUGGGCAAGUCCACCACGGCAGUGAAUUUAGCUCUUGGAAUAUUGGCCAACGAUCCGCUCAAGUCAGUCGGUCUGUUGGAUGCUGACGUUUACGGUCCGUCGAUUCCCAAACUGAUGAACCUGAAGGGAAACCCGGAGCUCAAUGACGACAAUCUGAUGAUCCCUCUCUUUAACUACGGCGUUCCUUGCAUGUCAAUGGGGUUCCUGGUGGACGAUGUGGCUCCGAUUGUGUGGAGGGGGCUGAUGGUGAUGUCAGCGAUAGAGAAACUGCUCAGACAGGUGGACUGGGGGUCUCUGGACUACCUGGUAGUUGACAUGCCUCCUGGUACAGGAGACGUCCAACUGUCAAUCUCCCAGAACAUCCCAGUCGCAGGCGCGGUCAUCGUGUCCACGCCGCAGGAUAUCGCCCUGCUGGACGCUCGCCGAGGAGCCGAGAUGUUCAAGAAAGUUAACGUGCCGGUUCUCGGCCUGGUGCAGAACAUGAGCGUCUUCCAGUGUCCCAACUGUAACCACCAGACUCACAUCUUCGGCUCUGACGGGGCCCGGCAGCUCGCAGACACACUGGGAGUCAAAUUAUUAGGUGACGUUCCUCUUCAUCUAAACAUCAGAGAGAUGUCAGACAGAGGGAAACCAGUGGUCGUCUCUUCUCCCAACAGCCCAGAGGCGGAGGCGUACAGGAAGGUAGCGUCUGCCGUGGUCCAGAGACUCGAGGAAGUCCACACUUGAUCGAUGUAAACUGGGAGCACGCAUGAUGACACAAACAACACACGAAACACACACAAACAGAAACGCACAAACAUCUUUGUUGUUGAACGCACGAUAACUUAGAUCUAAAGCACUUUUACUGUGUAUUAGUACUGCAGUAGUAACAUUAUUUUAAUAUUUUAAUUUUGGCGGGCCCGAAUGGCAGCGAGAGGUAACUGUUUAAUAUAUUUAAACUUCAUUACCCAGAGUUACAUUGCAGUAUUAAUAAAUGCCAAUAAAAUCAAGAAACAAACGGAUAAGACGACAGGACAAUAACUUCAUAUUACUGCAAUCGGGUUUGAGAAAUUGAAUCCUCAGUUUGGAUCAGUAAUCCAAUCCGAAUCUAGACAAAAAUUGGGAUUCAUUUGUUCAAUUUAUAUUGAAUAUCUCUGUUUUGGUGCUUUAAAACUUGUUUCAACUUAAUAUCUAACUUUCUCUUUCAUAAUAUACACACUAUAUUCACAAUAAAUGACACUUUGGUCACAUAACGGUUCUAGUUAUGUGUUCUUCUAAUAAAACGGUGCAGGUAAACUGAAGUUGAUAAAACAAUGUUGGUUCACACCCAUCACUAUGUCAUGCAUGUAGAUCAUUUUGAAUUUAAAUAUGUGUAUAUUUCUCAGACUACUGAUUUGUUCCGGAUGUUCACGCUAUUGAUUUCUCAGACGAUUCAAAUAAACUUUUAAGUCUC